AUGCGGACGCUGUUCUCUGAGAACAUUCUCAGCCCAUCUCCUACACCUGUGCCUCAGCGCAAUCCAUUCGAGUUACACUUUGCCACUGCUUCAAGCCUUUCUCAUACGAGCUCUAGUGCUUCUACGCAAAGCUCGCCUCGGCAGCACGACUUGUUGACACAGUAUUUACAACAGCAACAACAACAUGAUGAAUCGACCAGGACGAGCUAUGAGUCGAGUAGCGAUCGAGGACAUCAUGUCCGCAGGAAGGGAAACCCGAAGAUUCUGUUCAUGGGGCUGAAGAAAAGCGGCAAGUCAUCGGUGCAGAAAGUGGUGUUCCAGAAACUGUCGCCUGCCGAUACCUUGUUCUUAGAACCAACGACGAAAGUCGAGCAGACGAGCCUGCGGACUUUCACGACGAUCGAUACGGCUGAGAUACCUUCUCAUCUAACACUUGACUCGUCGGAACUGGAUCAUCAACCUCUCUUUUCAAACGCAGGAGCCGUGAUCUGGGUCCUAGACGUCCAGGACGAAUAUCUCGCCAGCAUAGCUGCGCUGAUCGAGACGGCGGUGUUCUUGUCUGAGCACUACCCUCGCAUCAACUUUGAGAUCUUCAUACACAAGAUCGACGGCCUGAGCGAAGAGUAUAAAUAUGAUACAUUCCGGGAAGUGCGACAACGGGUCCAGGACGAGCUCAGCGAUCUUGGUCAUGGCGAUCGUAGUGUCAGCUACUACCAGACCAGCAUCUUCGAUCAUAGUAUUUUCGAGGCAAUGAGCAAGGUUGUACAGAAGCUGCUGCCACAACUACCAGCUAUGGAGACUUUGCUGAAUAAGCUCUGCUCGACUUGCAGAAUACAGAAGGCGUACUUGUUCGAUGUCGGGAGCAAGAUUUAUGUGGCUACCGAUGCUAGUCCAACGUUCUUGAGAGAUUACGAGGUCUGUUCUGAUUACAUCGAUGUAAUUGUGGACAUCAAGCAAAUCUAUGGGUGGCAUAGCCGAGAAGACAAUGAAGAAGGUGGCUCGGUGGCAAGUGGCGACAGUAUCAACGAGAGCACGGUGACGCUGGAUCCGAGUGGCGAGACUUAUGUAUACGCACGGGAGGUUGACGAGUGA